UAUAUCCUGUGAGACCAAGUCCGUCCUGUCGCUGUGUGUGGAUGUUGGCUGCGAGAUGAGAAAAUGAUCGUGUUCCGUGGUCGUAGUCUUUGGAAUUACGUCUCUCUUCUGGCAUUCAUGGUGUAUACGUCUCGAUGUUCUUAUCUGUAUGAUGAUUGCACUGUAAAGAAAGAUUAUGAAGGAGUUGUGAUCAAAACCUUCAGGGACUCUCUCCGUGUGACCAUCGCAAACACAAAGGAAAACGACAAAGUUGCCAUAAUAAAUAAAGGCAAAAGAAAGACUCUGGCCAUACCGAAGAACAAGUGGACUGAAAUUGAAUGUCGAGUUUCAAGCAAUGACGAGGUGGAAUGUGAAGAGAUGUCCAACACUGCAGAGAAGAAGAAUUCUGGCGGACCGUUGAAAGAGUUUACGCUUAAGAAUGCGGAGGUUCUUGCUAACUGUCCUCAAGGACUGCCAAAUAAAGAGCUCACCUCAGACACCUCGAUCGACUUCCCACGCUGGAAAUCCACAAGGGAACAUUUCGCCAUUAUUCCAGAAGAGAACCUGACUGUUAGUUUGUCCAUAUUUGGACAAAACCUUUCUCUUUGUUGGAAUGGAAAACAGACGGUGGUUAAGACGAGCAAGGAAGACUGUCAAGCCUUGCCAGCUCACAAGGUGCACAAGAUCACACUGGAUUACGAGUUGCAGGAGAUCAAGAGUGCUGAUGGCCGCUUUCCGAUAGGAGUGAAUAGCACCAAUGCAAAUAAAGAUGACUUGAUGAAGAUGAAGUCUGAAGGAGGCAAGGCCUGGGUUGUGCAAAGCCGGGAUGACUGGACUCACCUUCAGGACCAAGACCAGAGCACGGGCAGCCAAACUGAGUGUAUAUGCGACCAUGGUGGAAACACCGAAGUAAUCCUGUCUCUUUUCCUUCUUUUCUUCAUUAUUACAACCAUUGCUUUGUGCUGUUACCUUCUGCGUAUAAGGAGAAACUCGUCCAGAAGUCGAUCUUCUCCUGCCUCUCAAGUGCUUGAACUGAAUACAGCCAAGGAGAGUAUGACGAACGAAAAUCCUGGUAGCAUGGACUAUGGAGAAGAAUCAGAAAAUGAUAUCUAUGGUUAUAAUAGUCAGGGACACUAGAUGCUGUCUGACCAUAUACAUACAAAGGUAUUAGAUAUUAGGAAGCCAUAGCCACAGGACCGCAUAGACCCAUGCUAAUUUUGACAUCUUGGACUAGCUGACGAACAGGAAUGGCAGGCUCUACUUGAUGGAUGAUGCCCUCAUCCAUGCCAGACUGGGGUCGCCCUGUCGUAGGAGCGGUUUCCAUAGAUCUCCGAUGCCAAAGUCAUUUGAUCGGGUAUCCUCUCCAUAAGUUGCCUUCAUUUCAUCGAAAGUCUCUUGUAGUAUGCGGUCAUUCAAGUAUAAAAGUUAUUGCGCCUUAACCGAAAACAAAAUAUUUUGAAUUAAGGACUGGACAUCAAAACAUACCCAUAGAGAUAUGUAUCAUUAUGUAUGUGAAAUAGGAUCUUUUAUAAGCUUUCCUUGGUGUUUAUAUAUAUAUAUAUAUAUACAUAGAGGUAUGUGUGUAUAUAUAUUUAUAUAUGCAUAUGUAUAUAUAUACAUAUACAUAUACAUAUACAUAUACAUAUACAUAUACAUAUACAU